AGAGGACUUGGUGCUGCUGCUGCUGCUGCAGGAGGAGGGGAAGCUGGAGUUGUCCACGGGUCCAGGUGUGUGGAGGGUAUCUCCAAGGCCCUGGGAGGACCCCGGAGAGCAGCCCAUCAUGACCUAGGGUGGAGGGCCUGCCUUCCCCCUGCCUCUUUGCCAUGCGACAGUGAUGGAUCAGAACACCUUCUCCCACAUCCAGCUAUGGUGCCCACGUCCCUUCGGAACCUACUCUCAGAACAAGCAGUGCACUGGCGGCCCGGUGAAGAAGACCUUUGGGGAUUUUGCCUGCAAAGCCAAGGACGAGGAGGCGGGCGGCAGUGAGGCCUGCUCGGAGAACACCCCGCCCGCCCCGCCUCCGCCACCACCGCCUCCCCCGGCGGUCUCCCCCAGCCCCAGCCAGGUGGAGGAAGGACGGGUGCUCUUGGACACGUGGUAUGUGAUCAAGCCGGGCAACACCAAGGAGAAGGUCGCCUUUUUCGUGGCCCACCAGUGCAGCAGCGGCAGCCGGGCCAGCGCCAUGAAGGUCAAAGGCAACUGGGCCAGCGACAGCUCCAAGGCCAAGCGGCGGCGGCGCUCCCACGAUCCCGGCAAGAGCAAAGCCUGCCCGGUCAAGUUGAAGGAUGGCGGCGGCAGCAAGGAAGCCGAAGACGUGUGCCUUUGCCCGGAGUCCCACGCCGCCGACCCGGCCGGAGGAGACGCCACCGACCUGCUCUCGGUGGCCGAGAUGGUGGCCUUGGUGGAGCAGCGGACGGCGUUGGCCUUGCAGAGCUACUCCCGGCCCUCCGUGCCGCCCUCUCCCCCGGUGGUUUUUGUGUCCACGGAGCAAGAGCAAGGGGAGGGCGGGGAGAGGAAAGCGCCCCCUCCGGGGGGCGGCGCGGACUGCAGCCGGGUGGCCGAGGCCGUGGCGCAUUUCGAGUCGCGGGAGCGGAACGUCUUGCGCCAGAAUGGCCUCUGCCGGGAGCCGCCCGAGUGCGUGGCCAGCGCCCAGCACAGCCCCAGCGAGGUCCGCAUCGCCUUCCGCAUCUCCAGCAGCCGUGACCCCCGCUCGCCCCCCGAGGGCGGCCCCAGCGCCCGGCCCAACUGCAUGUUCAUGAGCUGCGGGGGGUCGCCCACGGGCCACGCGGCCCGCACCAAAGACAAGAUCACGUGCGACCUCUACCAGCUGAUCAGCCCUUCCCGCGACACCCUCCCCAACAAUGUGGACUUCCUGCUGGCCAGCGCUUCCCCCAAAGGGGCCGACGGAUCCGGCAACGAGCCCCCGGAUGUGGAGAUGACGUGCGGGGAGGGCCAGGGCAGCUCGGGGAAGCUGGACGCCAUCCCGGAAGGCGGCAGGGCCGGCGCGGAGAAGGCGGGAGGCCCUGUCGCUGCGGUGCCCCGGGACUGCGUCUCUGGCUUCCACGUGGACGUGGUGGUCACGGGCGUGGUGGACCAGUGCGUCUUCUUCGGCAAGGACAGCACCAAGAACAUGAAGGAGGAGACCGUCUGCCUGACCGUGGGCUCUCCCACCCAAGAAGGGCUGUGCGCCUCUUGCGAGGACCCGCCUCCGGGCCAGCUCUUCUUCCUCCACGCCCAAACGCCCCGGCCGGAGGACAGCCGGGAGGCGGAUGGCCCUUUCCUGGACCCCGCCGGUGGCAGCGAAGGGGGGCUGGAGCGGACCGACGGGUCUGGGCUGGAGCCGGCCUCCUCGGACACCUCCCUCUGCCGCCUCUACCGCCACGUCUCCCACGACUUCCUGGAGAUCCGCUUCAAGAUCCAGCGCCUGCUGGAGCCCCGUCAGUACAUGCUGCUGCUCCCAGACCAUAUCAUGGUGAAGAUCUUUGGCUACCUGCCCACCCAGUCACUGGCCGCCUUAAAGUGCUCCUGCCACUACUUCAAGUACAUCAUUGAGACGUUUGGGGUGCAGGCCACGGACUCCAAGUGGAACAGGGACCCCUUGUACCGCGACGACCCCUGCAAGCAGUGCAAGAGGCACUACGAGAAGGGGGACGUCUCCCUGUGCCGCUGGCACCCCAAGCCCUAUCAUCACGACCUGCCUUACGGACGCUCGUACUGGAUGUGCUGCCGGCGCACGGACAAGGACACGCCCGGCUGCCGGGUGGGACUGCACGACAACAACUGGGUGCAGCCCUGCGACAUGUUGCGGGAGAGGGCGGCCCGGAGGGAGGACGGGAGGUGA